AUGUUCGCUGCUCGCCAGUCCUUCGGUCUCUUCCAGAAGCGCGCCUUCUCCGCCUCUGCUAGCAAUGCCUCCAAGGUCGCCGUUCUCGGUGCUGGUGGUGGCAUUGGCCAGCCUCUCUCUUUGUUGAUGAAGCUGAACCCCCGCGUCACCCAGCUGGCUCUGUACGAUAUCCGCGGUGGCCCUGGUGUUGCCGCUGAUCUCAGCCACAUCAACACCAACAGCACCGUCACUGGCUAUGACCCUACUCCCACCGGCCUCAAGGAUGCUCUUGCCGGCUCCGAGAUCGUCCUCAUCCCUGCCGGUGUUCCCCGCAAGCCUGGCAUGACCCGUGACGAUCUUUUCAACACCAAUGCCUCGAUCGUUCGUGACCUCGCCAAGGCUGCUGCCGAGGCUGCCCCUAACGCCAACAUCCUGGUCAUCGCCAACCCUGUCAACUCUACCGUCCCCAUUGUUGCCGAGGUCUUCAAGUCCAAGGGUGUCUACAACCCCAAGCGCCUGUUCGGUGUCACCACCCUCGACGUCGUCCGCGCUUCUCGCUUCAUCUCCCAGGUCAAGACCACCGACCCUGCCAACGAGGAGGUCCCCGUUGUCGGCGGCCACUCCGGUGUGACCAUCGUCCCUCUUCUGUCGCAGUCCAACCACGCCGACAUUGAGGGCGAGGCCCGUGACGCUCUCGUCAACCGCAUUCAGUUCGGUGGUGACGAGGUUGUCAAGGCCAAGGACGGUGCUGGCUCUGCCACUCUCUCCAUGGCCUUUGCCGGUGCCCGCUUCGCCGAGUCGCUGCUCAAGGCUUCCCAGGGUGUCAAGGGCGUUGUCGAGCCCACUUUCGUCGACAGCCCUCUGUACAAGGACCAGGGCGUUGACUUCUUCGCUUCCCGCGUCGAGCUCGGCCCCAACGGUGUCGAGACGAUCAAUCCCGUCGGCAAGGUCUCUGCCUACGAGGAGAAGCUCCUGGGCGCUGCCCUCGAGGACCUCAAGAAGAACAUCAAGAAGGGUGUUGACUUUGUCAAGGCCAACCCUUAG